GCACCGAGCCACCGACGCACCACGCACGAGCACGAGACGAGAGAAACCUAGCCUUGAGCCUUCCCGUUCCAGUUCCUCUUCCCAUGGACCAGGAGGCGACGCUGAUGCCAAUGGCGGAGGAGCUCCUCGUCUUUUUUGCGGAAGACACGGCGCCCAUGCCCAGGAGCUGCACCAUGCCUGCAUCCGCCGGUGGGGAGGAGCGACGGCCCGGACCAAGCGCCGCAGCACCAGAGAGGGUCCCGGCAGUAGCAGACACCGGGGAGCCGAGGGAGGGGACAGUGGAGCGAUUGGCUCCAACACCUCAGUCAAUCUGUAAGCCUAAGGAGUGCAACAUCCAAAACUCAAGAGGAAGACCAUCGAUUUGAAAAAUUUAUGGAGUAGAGCUGGGAAGAAAUCAAAGGCAUGCAUUCAGGUUGAGCAACUAGUGCAGGAUGUAUCCCCUUUAGUUCAACAGCUACAGAUUGCUAGUGCCAUUAAGGUCGAACCUGAUAUUGAGAGAGAAGCAAGUGAAGACUCUGAAAAUGUAGAGGAAGAUGAUGACAGUGAAGAUGCAAUUAUGAUGUUCAAUUGCUUGAACCUGAUCCUGGGUUGAGGAUCCCUAUCGCUGAUUAUGAUGUUAAUGAUCAGGAUAGGAUUAGAAGAAGAUUCAUUGCAAAAGGGGCUUGUCGACCAAAAAAGUAUGCUUUUCCACAACACCCUGCUGGAGGUAUGCGUCGAUUUGUAGCUAAGUUGUUCAAGUCUUAUAGUUGGCUUGAGUACAGUAAGGAAAAAGAUGCCGCUUUCUGCUUUGUGUGUUAUCUUUUCAAAGAAAAUUCAUAUGCUGGUGGAGAUUGUUUUGUGAAUGGAGGAUUUAGAAACUGGAAUCACAAGGAUAGUUUUCUGAAACAUGAAGGUGGAAUCAACAGUGCACACAACAAAGCACAAGAAAAAUACAAUUUCUUCAUUGCACCCAAAACAACAAUUGUAGAGUCAUUUUCCUCAACCACCAAACAAGACAAGAUUCUAUAUAUUGCUCGCUUGGCAUAUUCUCUUAAAUGCCCGAGGUUUCUUUUGUGUCAAGGGUUAGCUUUCCGUGGACAUGAUGAAAGAGAAGUUUCACUAAAUAACGGUAGUUUCCUUGAGCUUCUACAUUGGCUAGCAGAGAAUUUUGAAGAAGUGGACAAGGUGGUUCUUAAGAAUGCUCCAAAGAACAAUAAAAUGGUAGCUCAUGAAAUACAAACAGACCUCAUCAACUCUUGUGCCAAAGAAACUACUAGGCUUAUGAUGGAAGAGCUAGGUGAUAGUUGUUUCUCAAUACUUGCCGAUGAAUCUAGUGAUGUGUAUUUACAAGAACAAUUGGCUCUUUGUCUACGGUAUGUUGAUAAAAUAGGAAGGGUGGUUGAGAGGUUUCUUGGUAUUUUACAUGUUGAAAACACCACAUCUUUGACACUCAAAACAACAAUGGAGAGUUUGCUUAUGGAACAUGGUUUGACCUUCUCUAGAGUACGUGGGCAAGGAUACGAUGGUGCCAGCAACAUGAAGGGUCAUGUCAAUGGUCUAAAGAAACUAAUUAUGGAUGAACCCCCUUCUGCCUAUUAUGUGCAUUGUUUUGCUCAUCAACUUCAGUUAUCUCUAGUUGCUGUUGCUAAGGAGAACUGUGAUUGUGUUUUGUUCUUUCAACAACUUGCUAAUCUUUUGAAUGUUCUUGGGAUGUCUUGUAAGAAGAUUAGAAUGCUUCCUGUGGCUCAAGCUGAACGGAUCAUUCAAGCAUUGGAAUUGGAGGAAAUUGAAACUGGUAAAGGCAUGAAUCAAGAGAUGGGUUUGAGUAGGCCGGGUGACACUCGUUGGGGAUCUCACCACAAAACUAUCAUGCAUAUUCUCCGCAUGUAUCCAUCAAUCCGGCUAGUUCUCAUCAAGAUAUCUAAAGAUCAAACUCAAAGCAAUGAGGCUAUGCUUGCUGAAACCAUGUUGCCAUAUUUUGAGUCAUUUGACUUUGUUUUGGCACACUUGUUGCAAACCAUAUUUGGGCACACCGAUGACUUAACUCGUGCUUUGCAAAAGAAAGAUCAAGACAUUGUUAAUGCCGUUGAACUCAUUCAUUUGACAAAGAUUCAAUUGAGUUGUUGAGAGAUGAUGGUGGAUGGGAAACUUUUCUUGAAGAGGUUACUUCUUAUUGUGUCAAGCAGAAAGUCAGAGUUCCUCAAAUGGGUGGUCAGUACAAGCCUCCUGGAAGACCCUCAAGAUUCUACAAAAAUCUCACGAAUCUCCACCACUUCCAUGUUCAGAUGUUUUUGGCUCUUAUUGAUAGGCAACUUCGAGAGCUUGGAGAUAGAUUUGAUGAGGUAAACACCAAAUUAAUUCAUUGCAUGGGAUCAUUCAGUCCGGUUAAUUCUUUUGCUGCUUAUGAUAAGGAAAACUUGGUUAAGCUUGCACAUCUCUAUCCUUUGGAUUUCACGGAGGAAGAUUUGAUGCAUAUUCCAUAUCAACUUACACACUUCAUUACUGAUAUGCGUAGAGAUGAGAGGUUUAGAAAGGUGAAAAAUAUAGUUGACCUUUCUAUUAUGCUUGUUGAGACAAACAAGAGUGUCACUUAUAACCUUGUUUACAAGCUUCUCAAAUUGGUUCUAAUCCUACCAGUAGCAACAGCUAGUGUUGAGAGAGUAUUCUCUUCAAUGACUUUGUGAAAAACAAGCUACGCAAUAAAAUGGGGAAUCAACUCUUGAAUGACUGUCUGGUUACAUUUAUUGAGAGGGAGUUCUUCUUUGAAGUGAAGGAUGAUGUUGUCAUAUCUCGCUUUCAAGCCAUGACAAAGCGUAUGGUCGAGUUGUAUUUUUCUUAUCUAUUUUGUAAUUCCCUUAAUCAUUCGAGAUAUUGUUGCUAGUGAACAAUUUAUAUUUGAAUUUGUAUUGCUGUGAACCAAUUGGCUCCUUUAUUAGUGUGAAUUUUUUUGAACACCCAAUAUUAAAUUCCUGGCUCCGCCACUGGCGUCGCGGUAGUCAGCCACAUUAUUGUGUUUUACUGUGACCACGGGGGAUAAAUUUUGUGAUGGGGACGAAAGGGUCAUUGCAGGACCAACUGUGAAGAAGUCCAAGCAUAGGUGGCGUAUUAUGGAAGGCUUGAUAGUGGCUGAGGAAGCCAUUAUCGGGGACGAGGCGGCACCACGGUUUGUAGAAGAGGGAUGCACGGACGAUUUCUUCCACGUCCUUGCUCUCUAGUGCAUCUUCCAUAUGGCUGGACCGG